AUGCAGGCGAGAUGCAUCGUCGGAGGCUGCAGCAACACUACGAAGGAUGGUGCCAGCUUACAUUUGUUUCCCAAAGAUGCAAAUUUACGCAGAAUAUGGGUCUCGAAAGUGAAGUUGACCCGAGCAAAUUGGAGCGGCCCCAGUGACUGGAGCGUGGUGUGCAGUAGCCACUUCGAAGAUGCAGAUUUUGAUGACGGGUUGCAUGCUGCUUUUGGCAUGAAGAGGACCCGGCGGCUGAAGCCUGAAGCUGUGCCCAAAAUAAGGAGCGAGACAUCGAUGCAAGUAAAGAGGAGUGGAUCUCGGACAGCGGCGGACAAACGAAAGAAAAUGAGGAUGCUGGAUGAAUUGCUGUCAACAUCUGUUGAGGCUAGGGAUGCUGAGGAACAAGGGUCAGCAGUGGAGCCCGCAUCAAUGGAAAGUCAAUCAGACACUGAUGAGCCAGGAUGCAGCCAAUGGACAGAUGAACAUUCAUCUGAGUCUGAAGAAUCCUUUGAUGAACAGGUAUGA